AUGGUCGAGAAAGUCUACAUAACCUACAACGAUAUCCACAAGCUCUGCCAGGAAUCGGCACCCCGGAUACUGGAUGAGUUCAAGCCAAACCUCAUGAUCGCUAUUGGCGGCGGUGGAUAUGUACCCGCUCGUAUCCUAAGAUCCUUCCUCAAGCGCCCCGGCAGCACCAAUAUCCCCAUCCAAGCCAUAGGCCUCUCCCUCUACGAGUCCCUCGGCGGCGACGUGGUCGAAGAACCCGGCACCAAAGUCACGCGCACUCAAUGGCUCGACCUCAGCAGCCUCGAGAUGGCGAACUUGAUCGGCAAGAACGUGCUUAUUGUCGACGAAGUUGAUGAUACCCGUACUACGUUGGACUACUGUGUCAGAGAGCUACAGAAGGAUGUCGAGGAGGCGACGAAGCGGCUGGGGAGGGAGGCCGAAAGGACGGUGUUUAGCAUAUUUGUGUUGCAUAACAAGGACAAGCAGAAGAAGGGCAAGCUGCCAAAGGAGGUGGAGGAGAAAUACUAUCUCGCGGCGAGGACGACGGGGGAUGUGUGGAUAUGUUAUCCCUGGGAAGCGACGUAA